AUAAAAUGCUGCUUGCAUAAUAAUGCAAUGAUAUAAACAGUCUAAUUAUGUUGUAUUUAGUUAUUAUUUACUUGCAUAGGCCACUUAUUUUCAUUUUCGAUACUUUAACUACAAUUUUCCAACAAUACACGUACUUUUACUUAUACAAAUAUUUGAAUACACAACUUUUUAUACAUUAUUUUAUUUAGUAUUUUUGUGACUGAUCCAGGUACUUUUUGUUUGUCAAGUCUUUGUCAACAAGGUAGCAAGUAUCUCUAGUUAUAAAACAACUUUGGUGGAGUUCAGUUCCAGGAUGUGCUGUUAGAUGGUAGAAGUCUUCAUCUUUAUUUAUUUAAUACUUUGCCUUAUCAUAAUCAGAAUAAUGCCAAAUAAUCAAUUAAGAUUUGUUACCAUUUCUAAAGACAGAACUUUAAUGAAUCCGUGCUGAAAUUCAGAAUCUUCUUAGCAGUUUGUAAAGUAAAAAAAAUAUACUAAAGAUGUUCACAAAGCAUGCAGAUUAGUGUAGCAAUGAUUAUGUUAUUAAUUAAUGUAAUCUGUGAUAUUGUCAGAUGAAGCAUUCUGCAUAAUGAGUUCCUUUUGUAUCUUAUGUUCAAUUCAAUUCAAUUCAAUUCAAUUCAAAAAACUUUAUUUGUCCCCAAGGGGCAAUUCAAAGGCACGUAGAGCAGUCAGUGCAAUGGAAUGUUUUUAUGAUAGUACUUUUACUUAAGUAUGAUUUUGUAGACAUUUGUUACUUUUGCUUCACUUUCAUAGAGGUAAAAGUACAUUGACCCAAAUGCUGCACUGAAAUGCAAUGCAAUACUUUUAAAAUGAUUAUUUUCUGGUAGUAAAUGGUAAAAGUUAACAAUCCAGUCGAUGAAGUAAAAGAUCACAGUUUAAACCUUUAGAAGCUGUAACUUUAAUGCAUUAAUUCAUCAUUAAUUAUAAUCCGGUGAGAAUUAAAUGGUAUUAAAAGCUAGAUAGCAGCUCGUCAAGCUGAGCAUUAAAGGGCAGAAGAGUAAAUAUGAGAACUCUGAUUCUGGAAUCGCACGCUGGGAAACUACUUAUAGCCGUCAUUUGUUUGUGUUAACUUGUGAACUGGUUAACACUCCGGCCUCCCCCUCUCUCGCUCCCCCCUCCUCCCCCAGUGGCCAGCAGGUGUCUGUGUGAGGAGAAAACAGGAGCUCUGUUCUCCGCUGUCCCGGCAAAUGAGCUGGAAAAUGAGGGGCGGUCGGACCACUCCUCCUUCUCAGGACCCGUCGCUCGCUCCGGCCCUCUGAUCCGUGUUGUUAGAAUACAGCUGCGACGUAUGAAUUUAACAGCUUCUUAAACAGGCCGACGAUCUGUCACUCUUCCCCCGCGCCCUCCGUCCACCCCGGCCUGACCUCACUUGACUGGAGGAGCUGAACUCACUGAGUCCUUCAUUCAAACUCAAUCUGCUUUCAGCUCCUCUCAAAGCCGGUUUUAUAGGCGGAGGUCUUGUCGACAGCUUUAAACCCAAUAUUCUCUCACUAGCGCCACAAUCGACUGAGUGUUUUAGAGGAUUAGAGUCUCUUCAUGUUGUCAUUAUGCCGUUAUCUGCAGCAGAUGAAGUGGCUGCAGAUCCACUCUGUGUUUGUGGGGUUUUUAUCUGAUUUUACAGGUUUCAUUAUUAUUCUGUCAGCAUUGGAGACCAGUUCUCAGUCUGAUUUCACACUUUCUUUUACUUGAGUUUGUUUAGGUUACUGUGAUUUCAUCGGCAGGAGACAGUCCUCCCAACUAUAGGAGCUAGCUUUAAACUUAAUGAGCGUUUUAACGGAGAAACUUUGUGUUAUUGUGCUGAUAAAGAAAGCCGACAAGACAGUUUUUAAAGCUACAGCCACUGAUGACUGCAAAUCCUGAAAUAAUUAAUAUAAGUACUGACACCCCACUACAAGGUGCAUUACAUUUCAAUAUCUGUUUUUACAGCUUUAUUUCUUUCCUAUUGCAUUUAUUGUGCUCCUCUUUCUUUACAGUGUCCCUGUUUUCUGUUUACGACUGUUUAACAGCUGGAGAAGUAAGUUUUUGAAACCCAAACAAAAGACUGAACUGAGCUAUUUCAGCCACGGCAAUUAAAAAUGUAGCAAUAUUUCACAAGACAAAAGGAAAAAACUUGGAGAAAAACUGAAAUUUUGUGAUCUUGGCAGAAUUAUGUUAAUUUUUUUUGUUACCAUCCAUAACUAAAUAAAUUUAUCUUGUAAUCCAAAUAAGCCAGCAAACCACCGUUCAAACUACAACAGUGCCUGUAAACUCCCUCUGUUGAGUAUAAAACUAAAUGUUAAACAGGCGAGUACUUCUUGAAGGAAGAAAACACUGACCUGAACUGAAUUAUUUCAGCCGGAAGAGGUAAAACUAUCUAAUAUUUCACAUUGGAAAAUAAAAAUAAAUGGAGAAAUCCUAACCACAAAUACAGAAAUUCAGUGCUUUUGCAGACAAUUUCAUGUUUUCCAUGAAAACUCAGACUUUUAUUCAUGUGCUAACAUAAUUGCACAAGGAUUUUCUAAUCAUCAAUUAGCCUUUCAACUCCAUUAGCUAACACAAUGUAGCAUUAGAACACAGGAGUGAUGGUUGCUGGAAAUGUUCCUCUGUACCCCUAUGGAGAUAUUCCAUUAAAAAUCAGCCAUUUUCAGCUCACUAAUAUUUUGUUGGGCCACCUUUAGCUUUGAUUAUGGCACUCAUUCACUGUGGCAUCACUUCGAUAAGUUUCUGCAAUGUCACAGCAUUUAUUUCUGUUCACAGUCAUUUUAAAGAUCUUAUAUUGAUGAUGAGAGAGUCAGACCGUUGCACAAAGUCUUCUCUAGAACAUCCCAAAGAUUCUCAGUGGAGGUCUGGACUCUGUAGAGGCCAAUGCAUGUGUGAAAAUGAUGUCUCAUGCUCCCUGAACCACUCAUUCACAGUGUGAGCCCCAUGAAUCCUGACAUCGUCAUCUUGGAACAUGUCAUCAGUGAAGAAACACUCCAUUGAUGUAAAGACCUGUUCAUUCUGUAUAUUCAGGUAGUCAGCUGACCUCGUUCUUUAGGAACAUAACGUUGCUGAACCUGACUGACCCCAGAUCAUAACCCUAACCCCCAUAGGCUGGUAGACACCAGACAUGAUGAGUGCAUCACUUCAUCUACCUCUCUUCUUACCCUGAUGCCCCCAUUACUUCGGAACAGGGUAAAUCUGGACUCAUCAGACCACAUGACCGACAACAUUUGUUCCUCAAAGGUGAUAAUUCCCCACCUUUCACCUUUACUAUAUUUUUCUGCAGCCUUAAAACAUGCUAAGCUCAAUAAAGAGGAUGCAUCAUUUUGCAAAACAAGGUUUUUAUAAUAACCUAAUAAAACCUAAUAAAAAUAAGGUUUUUACAGAUCCACCCUGACCAAUAAAGGUCAGUAAAAUAACGUAAUAAUGCAGAACCCAGUGCUGCUGUUUAAUAAAUCUUGCAGAUAAAAUGCAGAUACGUUUUGGUAAACUGGAUUUUCAAUGCAGCAGUGUUUGUAUUCAAGUGUUUUUACGGCAGAAGUGAAGCAUCUGAUUUCUUGCUUCACCAGAAUAUAAUCUGUAAAUAUAAUUCCUGAUUUUCUUUCUCUUUAAAGUUCAGUCACUUUCUAGGCAGGUUCUCAUAAAACAUGUCCAUGGAAAAAAGUUGUAUAAAGUACUUUUAAUGCUGCAUAUGAAACUUCGUGUAGCUGUAGCUGGUAAUAAAAGGAUAUCCCCUCUUCGAUGAGCAGCAUGAAUUAUUGAUGCUCAGCUGAAAUCAAGUGGAGGUUGAUCUCGUCACGCUGUCACUGUGUUCACCCGUUUAACUCUCAUUUGCAACAUGAACUGCCAUUGAAGGCCUAAAACGUGUGAAAAGCCACCUGUAAUGACUGUGUCAAAUACAAUCUGUAGUCUCACUGGUGAGUCGAGCCCAUUGUGGCCGGCAGAGUUUCCCCAGGGAGGGGCUGAAAAGUGUGUCUUUACCCCAUGAAUGUGUGAGGAGCCACGACAGGCAGAAGGCCAGGAGCUGCUGUCUGACACUGAUUUGUAAAAGGAGACAAUACGGCUCAUUGACCUGCAGGCUCCACUGUCUGUUGCACAAACGUCGGCCGGCCCUCCCCGCUGGCUGCUGCUCCUCAAACAGCAGCAGAUUGCCUGGAGGGAGGCUGACGGGUCGCAGGUUGCUUUGACAAUGAGAAUCCUCAGAGAACAGAGAGAGCCAGAAGUUUGAUGAACACAUUUAGAGAGAGGGAAAAAAAACAUUACUUUUGCCAUCUUUUCUUCCCUCUAUGAGCAAUAAAUGAACGAUGGUAAUAAAUGCAGGACUGGUGCAGCUUUAGAGGCUGCAUAAUUUAAGUUUUGCACCAAGAUUUAUUGUAUUUCGGGAAAGUAAAUCUGUUUGCAUUGUCAUAUCACGCUAAUUAUUAUCUUCUUCAGUGAUUAACCAGUCAGUUAUUUUCUUCAUUAAACAGAUUCUCUCUUUGACGUUUUAUGGAUUCAGAACUUUUGAGUUUUGGUAGUUUAGAAAAGUUCCCUUGAUUGGCUUAAAAAAGACAGAAAAAGUAAAAAAAUAAACAAACAACAACAAAAUAUACACUCAUAUAUGAUUUUAAAUUGAGUUUUUAUCAAAAAAGAAAAGUUACGUACAUUAUGGAGUGAAAAAUUAUAAAUCUAUUUUUAAACUGUUACAAAUUUUCCUCUAUUGUUUAAUAACGUAAAAUCAAAGAAAUAAGUAUUAAUUUACAUGCCGACUGUAAAGAAAAACAACAGGUCAAAACUGUAAAUUGCAUUUUUAUAAAUGCUAAUUAUUUUUUUUAGUUAUUUUUUACAUUUGACAUUAAAAAUAGAUACUUUUGUACUCUAUUUAAAUAUAAAAAAUAUUGCUAUUUUAGAGUUGUUUGCUAUUAUUUUAAAGAAAAUGUACAUUAGGUAUAUUCAUGGUAGAUAUAUUCUUCUAAAGAUGGACCCUGUUGGAGACUUUAAAAAAAAUAUUGAUUUCCAUACUGACAACUGACAAAGUUUAUUUCAAUCAGCUAUGAAAGCACUCUAAUCUUAUCGGUAUUUGUUCUUAUUUUCACAGUUGCUGAACAUUCUAGUAUUCUGCAGUUUUUAACAUGUUUUCUGGCACCUUUGUUGAAAAAUGUUGAUGUUUUCUUCCAGGCAGUGAAUGAAUGAGAAAAUGACUGAAUAUUGUCGUUUAUUUUUAAGAACGUUGAGGCUUCAGCAUCUCUCCAGCGUUCUGACGUGUUUCCUCCGGUUGUAAACAAACACCUUCCUCCUUUUGUCUUCAGGCCCAUUGUCAGAGUCAGAGGUGACCUUUCCUCUCUGGAUCUCCCCUCACUGCCUUUUCUUUUCCUGCCUUCUCUCUUUCAGUGUCGAACACAAGCUGUUGCUCUGCCACUCCCUCUCUUGUCUGCUCCCUGUCACUCCUCCCCUGUCUCCCUCUCCUCACCCCUGGCUCUCCUCCCUUCUCCCUCUCCCCACCUGUUGGAGCAAUUGUUGCUGCGACCUUAUUGUCGGUCGUCUUAUUAUUUUAUGUCACUCCCCUCUCUGCGGUGUUGUCCCCUUCUCUCUGGACCACUCCCUCACCCGCCUGCUGGGUAUAAAACCCAGAGAGGAGGCCGAGGAGGGAGAUUCAGCACCUUAGCAACACUGGAAGAAGAUCGUUUCCCUGCAGAACAUAAAGUCACACAAGGACAGCAGCAGCUCUUGGUUUUCUUCUCCUCCUGGACGUAUUUUCCCAGCAGGCCGUGCAGAUGGAUGGAGGCAUGUCGGUGUCUCUGUGGUGUGAGGAGGUGGAGGAUGACCAGACUGAGGUCCAGAGUGCAGCUCCACCUCAGGGCCACAUGUGGGGCCCGACUCAGCUGCGAGCUGCCUGGGAUCCAUCGGCGUCGGGGCACCGGGUGAUCCAGAGGCUGCUCCAGGUGGAGGAGAGGUACAUGCCCUCCAUGAUCUACGUCACCCUCAUCCAGAGGCAGCCGGAGCGCAGGGAGGAGCUGGCCAAGUGGGCCCUGGAGGUUUGCUGUGACUGCGGCUGUGAUGAGGCCGUGUUCCCCCUGGCUGUCUCUCUGAUGGACAGGUUUCUGUCCAUCUCUCUGUCCCUGCCUGUCUCACCGUUCUGUCUGACCGCCGGCUGCAUCCUCAUCGCCUCCAAACUCACAGAGUGCGACAACGUCACAGCAGACAGUCUGUGCGCGGCAGCAGAGUACAGCUUCCAGCCCUCCAACCUGAGGGAAAUGGAACGAGUGAUCCUCGCCACCCUCCGAUGGGACACGGCAGCAGUGACCCCUCAGGACUUCCUCCCACAUUUCCUGGCCUCCAUGGAGGAGAUGGGAGGUGGAGGAGACUCUGAGGAGGAGCUGAUCUCCACCCUGAGGAGACACAGCGACACCCUGGCUGCCAUGUGCGCCUGCGACUCCCGUUUCCUAGGAGCUCCACCAUCACUUGUUGCUGCAGCGUCACUGAACUGCGCACUGAGGGGCCUCAGCAACAAGGGGCCCACACAGCUGGCCCUGAGGAGCGCAGCACUGGCCGAGCUCUGCCAGACCGACCUGGCGGUGCUGCAGUGCUACAGCGACAUGAUCGAAUAUUCCCUCCGACAGCGUCUGAGCAGUGGGCUGCAGCAGGGUCCCACUGACAAAGACGAGGAGGUGGAGGAGGAAAGACCUGGAACACCAACUGACAUGAGAGAGAUUGAUUUCUGAACACUGAAUCAGCUGCUGCCAUGAAAGUGUGAAUCAAUCAAAGCUUUUCAUCAGUCAAACUGAUAUAAAUUAACCUCAUAAUGCUCUGACAUGUCAUUUAUAUAUUUUUAUUGACUUUACUAUUGAAUGACUGUUAAUUUAUUUCUCGCUUUAUUUAUUUGUGUGUUUCCCAUGUGCCAUAUUGGAUUAUCUAUUUCUAUUAAUUUUAUUGUAGCACUAGAUGUUAUUUUGAUGCGUAAUAUUUAUACUUUUUAUUUAUUAUCACGUGCAAUUGUUAAUUUAUUUCAAUUUGCCUUAAUUUUGUGUUUGUGGGAGGAAUUAAAUAUACAGCAGAUCUAUUUUUUCAAAGGUAUUAAAAACAUUUGUACAUACA